GGCGGGAAUUCUCAAGUUACAUUUCAACUAGCGGAGGCAGGCGAACAGGAACCAGGAAUGACCACCUAGCAAACAAAACAUCAGCAGCCAGACGCUUAUGCUGAACCGUUAAGUUAUCUCUGUGUGAUGUAGAACUAUUUUACAUAUUUAAGGACUUAACAGAGUCAUAUCGAUUUGAUGGAGUCUUCCUUGAUGUCAGUUCAUCUUUGCUGCUGGACCGUUUGACCAGACAAGUUUUGUAUGACCAGGCAGCUUUGGGAAACGCUUAUUCUCUCCACCACUGAACUUGCGGUCUUCAUUUCACCUGCGAGGCAAAAUGGAGCCCCUGAUUCCUGGUUGGCAGCAGGACUGAUCAACUCCCUGGCCGCCCCCAAAAUGGAGAGGAAACGGCGAAAGAAAUGAACUCGAUAGGAAGAGUAAUAUGAACCAUGUGUGAAUCUGGCUUUUGUGGGUUCUGGACCUGAUUCUGCCCUGUUGGAAUCUCAUCACCUGGUGGUUGUGCUUUUGUUCACUUUACUUGCUACAUUAAUGCUCCGAGCUUUGCCGAACUGUUAAGAGGCGACCCCGACCUGCCUCGGUCUAACCCUCUAGAUGGGGUUUAAACUCGGACACACCAUGGAGACGGUCAGCCCGCGUAUCCUGUGGCUGCUGAUGAUGGCAGCCCUGUUGUUUGGCAGGCUGCCAUUGGUGGGGACUGAGAGGGAGGGCGGCCCCUCGUCCGCAGCCUUCUCGGAAGGGCUUCAGAGUUCCAACUGCUCUGAGCUCACCCUCAAAGUGGACUUCUCCAGCAGAGUAGUGGAACAUGAGUACAUUGUGGCGUUUAAUGGCUACUUCACGGCGAAGGCCCGCAGCCACUUCAUCAGCAGAGCGCUGAGGAACUCGGAGGCGGGCGAUUGGCGCAUCGUGCGGCGGGAGAACGCGGCCAGUGACUACCCCAGCGACUUCGAGGUGGUGCAGAUUAAGCAGGCAGCGCGGGACAGCCUCCUCUCGCUGCAGGACCACCCCUACGUCAAGCGCGUCUCGCCCCAGCGCAAGGUCUUCCGCACCCUCAAGCUGGUGGACGCUGCAGGGGAUUCUGGGAGCUCGUGCAACGACACGCGCUGGACGCAGAAGUGGCAGUCGUGGCAGUCGUCUCGCCCUCUGCGCCGUACCAGCCUCUCUCUGGGAUCGGGCUUCUGGCACGCCACCGGACGCCACUCCAGCCGUCGCCUGCUCCGCGCCAUCCCCAGACACGUCGCACAGAUCCUGCAGGCCGACGUGCUCUGGCAGAUGGGACACACUGGCUCGGGGGUGAAGGUGGCUGUGUUUGACACUGGGCUUAGUGAGAAGCAUCCACACUUUAAGAAUGUCAAGGAGAGAACCAACUGGACCAAUGAAAAGACACUGGAUGAUGGGCUGGGUCAUGGCACCUUUGUGGCAGGAGUCAUCGCCAGCAUGAGGGAAUGCCAGGGCUUUGCCCCCGACUCUGAGCUGCACAUAUUCAGAGUGUUCACCAACAAUCAGGUGUCAUACACCUCCUGGUUUCUGGAUGCCUUCAACUACGCCAUUCUCAAGAAGAUCGAUGUCCUGAACCUCAGCAUCGGUGGACCAGACUUCAUGGACCACCCUUUUGUAGACAAGGUUUGGGAACUGACUGCAAACAAAGUGAUCAUGGUCUCUGCUAUUGGAAACGACGGGCCACUGUAUGGGACUCUGAACAACCCAGCUGAUCAGAUGGAUGUAAUUGGUGUCGGAGGUAUCGACUUUGAGGAUAACAUCGCCAGAUUCUCAUCCCGUGGAAUGACCACCUGGGAGCUGCCGGGCGGGUAUGGCCGUGUGAAGCCUGACAUCGUAACCUACGGCUCGGGGGUACGCGGCUCUGGUAUGAAGGAGGGCUGCCGCUCGCUCUCCGGCACCAGUGUGGCAUCGCCCGUGGUGGCAGGAGCCGUCACCCUGCUGGCCAGUACGGUAUUGAAUCGGGAAUUGGUGAACCCUGCUAGCAUGAAGCAGGCCCUGAUUGCUUCGGCUCGCCGGAUCCCGGGGGUCAACAUGUUUGAGCAGGGCCACGGCAAACUGGACCUGCUCCGGGCUUAUCAGAUUCUCAACAGCUACCGGCCUCAAGCCAGCCUGAGCCCCAGCUACAUCGACCUGACGGAGUGCCCCUACAUGUGGCCCUACUGCUCCCAGCCCAUCUACUACGGGGGCAUGCCCACCAUCGUCAACGUCACCAUCCUCAACGGCAUGGGCGUCACCGGCAGGAUUGUUGACAAGCCCAUCUGGCAGCCCUACUUGCCUCAGAACGGGGACCACAUUGACGUGGCCGUCUCCUACUCGCCUGUCCUAUGGCCCUGGGCGGGCUACCUGGCCGUGUCCAUCUCCGUGGCCAAGAAAGCGGCAUCCUGGGAAGGCAUCGCUCAGGGACACAUCAUGGUCACUGUGGCCUCACCAUCAGAGAAUGAUUCGGAGGUGGGUGGGGAGUUGACCUCCACUGUGAAGCUGCCACUGAAGGUGAAGAUCAUUCCCACCCCGCCCCGCAGCAAGCGUGUGCUAUGGGACCAGUACCACAACCUGCGCUACCCCCCCGGCUACUUCCCCCGCGACAACCUGCGCAUGAAGAACGACCCACUGGACUGGAAUGGGGAUCACAUCCACACCAACUUCAGAGACAUGUACCAGCACCUCCGGAGUAUGGGCUACUUUGUAGAGGUGCUGGGAUCGCCCAUAACGUGUUUCGAUGCCAGUCAGUAUGGUACAUUACUCAUGGUGGACAGUGAGGAGGAGUAUUUCCCAGAGGAAGUCACUAAACUGCGGCGGGACAUCGAUAACGGGCUGUCACUCAUCAUCUACGCCGACUGGUACAACACAUCCGUUAUGCGCAAGGUCAAGUUUUACGACGAGAACACAAGGCAAUGGUGGAUGCCGGACACAGGGGGCGCCAACGUGCCAGCUCUGAACGACCUCAUCUCCGUGUGGGGUAUGGCUUUCAGCGACGGGCUUUACGAGGGAGACUUCAGCAUGGCUGACCAUGACAUGUAUUAUGCCUCCGGCUGCAGCAUCGCUCGUUUUCCUGAAGGGGGGACUGUUAUCGCUUCCACCCUGAAAGAUCAAGGACUGGAGGUGUUAAAGCAGGAGACUGCAGUGGUGGACAAUGUCCCCAUCCUGGGACUGUACCAAACUCCCUCUGAGGGCGGGGGCCGCAUAGCCCUCUAUGGAGACUCCAAUUGCAUAGAUGACAGUCAUCGUCAGAAAGACUGCUUCUGGCUGUUGGACGCCCUGCUGCAGUACACCUCCUACAGCAUGACCCCGCCCAGCCUCACCCACUCCAAGGGCAGGGUGGCGCCCCCUACAGGCACUGAGCAGCCAUUGCCACAGAGACUCGAAGGCAAUCACUUGUAUCGGUACUCUAAGGUGCUGGAGCCUCACCUGGGAGAUCCUAAACCGCGACCCCUCCCGGCCUGUCCUCACCUGUCCUGGGCCAAGCCCCAACCUCUCAACGAGACGGCACCCAGUAACCUUUGGAAGCACCAGAAGCUGCUGUCAGUGGACUUGGAUAAAGUGGUUCUCCCCAACCACCGCCCAUACCGGCCCCAGGUCCGGCCUCUCUCCCCGGGGGAGAGUGGCGCCUGGGACAUCCCUGGAGGCAUAAUGCCUGGGCGGUACAACCAGGAAGUGGGCCAGACCAUCCCCAUGUUUGCCUUCCUUGGUGCCAUGGUGGUCCUGUCUUUCUUCGUGGUGCAGCUGACCAAAGCCAAGAACAAGCCCAAGCGCCGCAAGCCGCGAGUCAAGCGCCCGACAUACCUGCAGCAGCAGCACCAGCAGCAGCAGCACCAACAACAGCAGCAGCAGCAGCAGCAGACCCCGCACACAGGCAAAAACCCCACAGUGUGAUUCGGGAGGGGGCGGGGUAGUGGCCUCGCACACCUAAACAGACUGGCCACAAAACACACAAGAACCUGGAUUCCUGGGAGAAAAAUUGUCCCUAACAAUGUGUGUGUGUGUUUGGUUUAGGGGCAGGCCGGGGAUAUGUGUUUCUAUGAAAUGAGGGAGGGGAGGGGAGGGGAGGGGAGGGCAUGUGUGGAGAGCAACAUGUUGUGUGAGACACACUCUUCUGUCCCAAUGAUGAGGAUGAUGACUGUGGAACCAGUGCAGCCUUCAGCCGAUGGACACAGGCAAGGGUGUGGUCCCGAGGACACUUGUGUUCAAUUCCCCCUCACUAUGUGGGUCAUCCACUCUUGGAAAGAGCAUUUCAUUCCAGGGAGCGAGCAGCAGGCGUUGGGUUGAGUCCUGUCUCGUCUCCUGCCUUUUUUAAUUUAUUAUGUAAGUUUGAUCGAAUCUUUCACACCCCUGACUCCAGCCCUCCUGUGUAAAAAAGAAUGUUUGAAAGCUCAGACUUUUUUAAAUAAUUAGAUUUGCAGAACAUUUGGGACAUAAUUGUUGCUUUUUUUUUUAUUUUAUUUUUUUAAUGUUUUUGUACUACAAGGUAAUUUCUGGGUGUCUGUCAUUUUGUUCUCCAGGUAAAUGAAAUGGUCUGUGCCGAUACAACUUGUAAAUAGACAACCUGUCAAUGGUCAGAAAUCUUUUCAAAUAUAUCAUCAGUUAUAAAGCAUCAAAA